UUAGAAAAUAUGAUCUUCAGCACGAGUCGAUUCAGGGCUUUGAUUAAAGUGAUAGUAGAAACAACAGAUUAGGUAGAGCCCAAAGUAUUGGGCAGCUGAGAUCUAUUUAUAGCAUACACUGCCUCAGCACUUGGCACCAGCAAGCAAGCAGAGACCACCAGUACAUUUCCAGGGCAAAGUUCACUCAAAAAGCCCUCUCUUUUUGUCUCUUUCCCAGUUCUCAGUCCAAAGAGAAGGGCUGCAGCAGCUUUGCCUGGUAGUAAUGGAAAUGGCGAAGCUUGUUUGUGUCUUGCUUAUGGCAAUCCUCGGCAUUUCCAUGGUCGCAACCCAGGUUAUGGCGAAGGAUGCUCAGUACCACCUUGACAGCGGGAAUUAUGGACCAGGAAGUCUGAAGAGCUACCAAUGCCCAUCGCAAUGCACGAGGAGAUGCAGCAAGACGCAGUACCACAAACCCUGCAUGUUCUUCUGCCAAAAAUGUUGUUCGAAGUGCUUGUGCGUUCCUCCAGGCUACUAUGGAAACAAAAAUGUGUGCCCCUGCUACAACAACUGGAAGACCAAGCGUGGAGGUCCCAAAUGCCCUUAGAUCAUCACUUCUUCUCUCUGUUUUCUCUGCUCCUUUCCAUAUUUUAUUUUAUGGCUCCUUUGGGUUUCCCCAUAUGAGAAGCCUAGUGCUGCCCAAUUAUAUGCUCUAUCUUUUAUUUAAUUAAUAAAAAUUGCUUGCACCAUUUUAUCUAA